UACGCAUCUCGUACGUUCCCCAAACUUCCACAAAAGAGACCUUUUAGCGUUUCUUGGAUGAUUACGAACCCUUUACUGUUAGGGUCAAGCAGACGGCUUCGCUUUCAUACCAAUCAGGAUUUUAGUGUCAUAUGAUCCCGAAUCCUCUUCCGUGUAUCAACUGAAUAGAAGAGGGAAAAAGUUUGAUGUGUGAUAGAUAAGCCUUUGAAUAUCGCCAUCAAAUAUGGGUGUUGAGAUUAGCGCCACAAAGACGAUUAACGGUUUCCGGACGCGAUUUCAACUUUCACACAGCCCAGCCUCCUUUAAUGCAAACCAUUGUCGUCCAAUCGCCCAGUCCAAAACUGAUCAGGAUCGCUACGUUUUAGGUCGAGGAUGCCGCAAAAAUCCACGGACAUUGUAUACGAGAUCUCAAUCGAGAAGCGUGAGGCUCAACGGCCGUCUCCAUAUUCAAGGCAUAGUGCGCCAUGAGCCUAGCCAGCGGGUCCGCCUCCGGCAACGACAGGGCCAAGAGGAUGUGGACCCAAGAAGAGGACCUGCGUUCCUUUUCAUACCGCAGCAAGAAGGCAUUUAUGACGUCCCGCUGGAGUCGCACGACUUAGAACUUACUCCCAAAAACAUAAAGCGCCAAGAGCUCAUUCUCACGCGCUUCCUUCGCGGCCUCGUCGCUGUUAGUCGUAGCCCUGUUGUGUACAACGGGGACGGCUCGCCGGUGUUUAGCCAGGUUGCGAACGCGAUGAAGCGGUGCGGCGCGGGGAAUCUUAGUACUACGGGGGCUGGAUGGUUCGUCUCUUUUCUUUCCUGGGUAGCAGUGUUGAAGGUCUGCGCCAAGUGUGGCGAGCAUUUCUCAAGGCUUGAACUGGAAACGUCGAAGGCGAUGAGGAAGUAGUCGGGCCCUACGUUGCAGCGGACCUUGGUGGGAUCAGUUGGAGGGGUUGCGGGGAUGAGGUGGAGUGCCAUGGUUGUUGCUAGGUAUCUGAUAGCGAAGAAAGAGGGUGGUUCGGUGGUGAUGAUAUAAAUAAGUACGGAACGGUAGCAAACGUAGAAAAAUAUACCAAAAGGAAGUUGCUAGACAGAAAUCCAAAGGUGUAGAAAUGAUUGCUCAAAAAAGGGGAGAAACAAGGAAACAGUACCUAGACCGGAAUUGAAG